GAAAAGCUGCCUCACUGCGCUGUCCCGCUCCUCCCGCCCCGAGCUCCGGCUGGGGCCUCCGGUACAAUUCUGCUGCGCUUUCCGGAGGCUGCGCCCGCAGCAGCUUCACCAAAAUAUGUCCCAGCCCGGCCCGAAGCCCACCGCCUCUCCCAGGACCCGGCGCGGCGCCGCAGCUCGCCACACCCAGGAGCAUGUUAAUGAAAAGAAUAUUGGAUCAUCUUCUAAACCAGGAGAAAAGAAAGGAUCUGAGGAGAAAAAAGCAGCAAGUCUGGGGAGCAGUCGGCCUUCCAGACCACAUGUUGUUGGAGCAGCCACAGCCACAGCCACCAAGGUGACAGCUUCCUCUGCUGCCACUGGCAAGUCUCCCAGUAUGAGUACUACAGAAACUAAGGCUGUGAAAACAGAGUCUGAGAAGUCACAAUCGAGUGAGAAAGGAACAAAGGAGGAAAAAUCUAGCAGAGGAGAUGGCCUGCAACCUGUGGAUCAUGAAAAAAAGUCUAAAGGAAGGCCAAAGGAAGGGUCAGAGCCCAAAAAUCUUCCCAAGCAUACAUCAGAUACAGGAAGUAAGCAUGCUCAUAAAGAAAAAGCACUUUCCAGAUCAAAGGAACAGAUGGUGUCAGAGAAAUCAUCAGAAUCAAAGACAAAAUUUCAAGAUGGUCCUUCUGCUGGUGGAAAGAGUGUGGCUGGAGGUGUGACUCUGGCCACUGCUUCAGACAAGGUGGUUGGUAAGAAAAAAGAGACUAAAUCAUUAACUCCAGCUUUACCUAUGGAGUCCCCACUGAACAAGCCCUCUGAUAAGUCAGGCAUGGAUGCUGCCUUGGAUGACCUGAUAGACACCUUAGGUGAACCUGAAGAUACUAACAAAGAUGAUCCACCAUACACUGGACCAGUAGUUUUGGACCCAAUGGAUUCUACCUUCAUUGAGGCAUUGGGUAUAAAAGAAGGAACUAUUCCUCCAGAGUAUAGGAAACUUCUGGAUAAAAAUGAAGGGAUCACAGGACCUCUUCCAGACUCUCCUAAACCUCUGGGGACUGACCAUGCGAUAGAUGCCUUGUCAUCUGACUUCACCUGUAGUUCUCCAACUGGAAAGCAAACUGAGAAAGAGAAGUUUACUGGGGAAAUGUUCAAAGCUCAGUCUGCAGGAGUGACCAGAAGUGCUCUUCCCCCACAGGAGAAGAAAAGGAAGGUGGAAGAGGGGGUCAUGAGUGAUCAAGCCCUUCAGGCUCUGUCUGAUUCACUGGGCACCCGGCAGCCAGAUCCUCAGAGCCACCUUAACCAAGCUGAGCAAGUCAAAGAGGCAAAAGCAAAAGAAGAAAAGCAGGAGAAGUGUGGUGAAGAUGAGAACACAGUCCCGGCUGAGUACAGGUUAAAACCAGCCAAGGAUAAAGAUGGAAAACCACUAUUACCAGAACCUGAAGAAAUGUCUAAGUGUCUGAGUGAGUCGGAGCUGAUUGGGGAGCUUUCAGCAGAUUUUGGCCAAUCCACAUAUCAAAACAAACCAUCUAUGGCAGCUGAAAAAAUAGAAAAAGCUAAGGACACAUCCCAAACUCCUGUGGGGGAGACUGUGCCUCAGGCCUCCAUGUGCAGUAUACAGUCAGCGCCACCCAAACCAGCAUCCUUGAAGGGCUUGGUGCCUGAUGAUGCUGUAGAAGUCUUGGCUGAUAGCCUGGGGACAAGAGAAGCAAAUCCAGAAUAUGAUAAGUCUGUGGUGGAUAAAGUCAAGGAUAAGGAUGGAAAACCACUCCUUUCAAAAGAACCCCAGGAACAACUUGCACCCUUAAGUGAUGACUUCCUUCUUGAUGCAUUAUCUCAGGAUUUCUCCAGUCCUGCAAACAUAUCGUCUCUUGAAUAUGAAGAUGCCAAACUUUCUGCUGCCAUUUCUGAAUUAGUUUCCCAGAUGCCUGCUCCAAGCACCCACACAGCAGCCCCACCACCUGGUACCGAGCAGAAAGACAAAGAACUUGAUGAUGCCUUGGAUGAACUUUCUGACAGUCUUGGGCAAAGACAGCCUGAUCCAGAUGAGAACAAACCACUAGAUGAUAAAGUGAAGGAAAAAAUCAAAGCAGAGCAUAGUGAGAAAUUGGGAGAAAGAGACGACACCAUCCCCCCUGAAUACAGGCAUCUCCUGGAUAAUGAUGGGAAGGACAAACCAGAGAAGCCACCGACAAAAGAAACAGAGAAACCUAAUCAGGACCAGGACCCCAUUGAUGCCCUCUCAAAAGAUUUGGACAGCUGUCCCUCAACUACAGACACUUCACAGAAUACAACAAAGGAGAAGAACAAGAAGACUUCAAGUUCCAAAGCAUCCAAGAAUGGAGAAAAAACAAAGGACACCUCUAAGAAGACAGAGGAAGUGCCCAAGCCAAAGACUGAUGAAGAUUCAAGAUAAAGUUUACAAAUUUGCGUAUCUGAAUAGAAAUUCUUCAGCUGGUGGAUGGUGACUUUUGAAGAACAAAGGCUUUAAUGAGAAUUUUUUUCUGGGUGGCUUCUAGACAGUGGUAUUUGUUGUCUUUUGACAUCUUAAACACUGAUUUGUUAUUCUUUUCCAGAACGAAAAUGAAUUUGUCUGGUUCACCUGUGUUCUGUAUUGAGUAUUGAUAAACUUCAAAGAUUUUUAAUUGCCUUUAGGUGGGAUAAGGAAGCUUUAUAUUUGUAAGAAACGUAUUUGAUAGUUUCUUAAAACACCAAAAAUCCCAGAAAACCUUUGCAAACAUUUGCACAUUGUAUACACAGUGCCUGUAAAUCUCAUUAGUAUUUUUGGUUUGCACUUAAUUUUUUUAGCAUUUGAAAAAUAAUGCUCAUCUUUUGUCAGUAUUCUGAUUUCUUAUUAUGUCUUUUUCUUGGGCUUUGAUAUAUCUUUGGGUUAAGGUUGUUAAGUCAAAUAUUAAAUAUUGUACAUUGGGUGUAUAACUCCUUUGGAGAUGCUAAUAAUAAAUUAAUGGUAGAUAACCCAGGUAAACCUUGGGAGCACCAAUCUCCUUUCCUGCCUGAACUCUACUCUUCUAGGAAUGAGGCCUUCUACUCAUGGUCAGAGAAGACACACUGAGACUUGAACUAAGCUAGCAGAAAAACAAAGCACAGACUGGAGUUCAACUGUGCAACAACUUUUAGCAAUAAAGUUGGGAUUCUUAUAAUACUCAUAUGGCUUGAACUAUCCUGGUUUACCAUGGUGUUAAACUGUAGUUUCCACUCUCUACAUGAAAACCAAAUUGUAAUCCUUUGCUUAUAGCCAUUUGACACAUUGUCUAAAGCAUCUGGCAUUAUAGAAGUCAAAUUUACCAAACACAAAAAUUAACUUCUUCAAAAAUGUAUAUGUAUGUAUGUGUGUGUGUAUAUAUACAUAUAUACAUACAAUGUAUAUACUGAAAUUUAAAAUCUGCUAUAUCAAAGCAGGUUAAAUUAUCUUAACAUCUUUGAAUGGUAUCUCAGAUUUUUCUGAACACUACACUGGUAUCACUGAUAAAAAAUUGAUAAACAAAUAGUUCCAUUUCUAUUUCCUGGCAAUGAAUGCUGGAAAAGAUGUCAGGUACAUAUAAAACAGACUUCAGCUUUCUUGCUUCCAGAAAUCACAGCCUUUGUUGCCAUCAAUGUAAAGAUUUUACUAGGAUUUAAUUAACUUUACUAAAUAUAACUUAAAUCAUUAGUAAUUCCCAGGGGACAGGUAAGACCAAGCAAAACUAAUAAUAUCCACAAUGAACAUGAUAUUUGGUUAACUGUCUCAAAAAUUAUUCUCUACAAAUCAUGCAUGCACCUCUUAGAUUUCAAAUGCUACCCACAAACGUAUUUAAUUCCCAGGCCCAUAAAAAGACAGUCACUAUUCUAUUUUCAAGGCACUGACAAGAAAAGAAUGUACCCUCUAUCUUAGAUAGGGUGCACUGCUGUAAACAAGCACCAUGUCUAAGGCAACUCUGAUAAGGACAACAUUUAAUUGGGGCUGGCUUUCAGGUUCAGAGGUUCAAUCCAGUAUCAUCAUGACAGGAAGCAUGGCAGUAUCCAGGUACACAUGGUGUAGGAGAAGCUGAGAGUCCUACAUCUUGUUCCUAAGGGAAUCAGGAGAAGACAGGCUUCCAGUGAGCUAGGAUGAGUGUCUUAAAUCCCAUGCCCCAAAUAACACACUUCUUCUAACAAGCUCGUUCUGUUUCAACAAGGUCACAGAAUGCACCAAGCAUAUUCAAACAAUCAUACUCCCUGGUUUUGAACUCAUUGCUAUCUAAUCCUUGUAUCUUGUAAGUGUAUGUGUCUGUUUGCUCUUUUUGUUUCUAAUAGUGUGGUGAAACCUUUGACAUUGGCAGAUAUGAUUUCAAGGCUAUGGCUCUAAUAUACAAACUUCCAUGCACACAUAAGAGUAUAUUUAAAUGAUGUGACAAAAUACAUAACUAAAGAGUGUCUGUAAAAUCAUACAUAUACUUAAGGUACCAAAAAUAUUUUUUUAAUUAGGAAUAUUCCCAAGACUUUAGUGAUUGCUGGUAACUCAUGGUGACUUGCGUAAGGAUCUAAAGGAAUCCUUUUUAUUUUUUUCUACUGUUUACUUUUAAAAUACUAGUCAGGUGAAAACAACUGCAGAUAUUGCCUUAGAAUUAAAAAACAGGUGGUUUUUAUUACUAAAAGUUGCUGGGUAUGUAAUAUUUUAUCUGUUUAGAAAAUGGGCUUUUCCAAAAGUGAAGGUGACCAAAACAAAAAUCAGUAUUUGUGUUUCAUUAAUUGAUAUAAAAUGCAAUUAAAGGAAAAUAUUUUACAUGAAAA